CCCCUGCCAGCAAGCCAGCCAGUCGUCGUGGAGCGCCGGAAAGACCCUUCACACGUUCUCGCCUUCUCAAGUCCGGCGCUGAUUCUCUGCUCGGCGGGAGGAAACCUCGGGAGUCUCUGCCCCAAUGAACUCCGCCCCUGCCAAGCGCCCGCGGAGCCGAUUUCCCGAGGGCGUCGCCCGCUUCCUUCCUUCCUCCCUUCGGACGCUGCCGCCUCUCUGGCUCUGCUGAGCGGCGAGACUUUCCUCUGGGCAAGGGCGCCAUGGCGACCCCCGAAGACCCCUCGGCGAAGGAGCCCCUGGAGGAAGGAGGCGAGAAGCUGAAGACGGAGGAGGCCGGCAAGUCCACCGAGAAGAAGCGGGAGGAGGAAGGAAGGGGAGAGGGAGUUGUUCCUCAAGCUCGAGGGUGGUGGCGCCGGAGUAGCAGCAGCGACGAUGACGAGGACGACGCCUGGGACUUAUCCACCUGGUGGCGGCGGGACCCGUUCGCCCCGCGGUUUGACUUUGCGCAGGAGAAUGUAGCUCGGAAGGAGAGUCUCUUUUUCGAUCACACCUUGCGAGGGCCCCUGCGGUGUUUGAGUCCGGACGAGCUGCAGAGUUUCCUGCGCAAACUGCGCGAGAUCCCGCUCAAGGAGGGCUUCGUCCGCAUCCCCGAGGAGGCUCUACACGAAGCGGGCGCCUUUCGCCUCGCGGACCUGCUGCUCAGCUACUACGGCAGAACUUACGGCGCCGAGUUGGCGGCCGACGCGCUGAGGGCCGUGGGUCGCGAGUACGAGGCGGACACGCUUCUUGGCUUCCUCAGGUCAGGUUAUCGCCUACAGAGCAGAGAAAGAAAGAGAAAAUUGUGGUCAUUGGAAGGAGUCGCUAUCACUGGUGACGAAAUUGUCUGCAAGGGAAGAAAAGAAUUAAUUGAAAUUAUUGAAAAGGACCUAAAAUUCUUUUUACGUGUAUUAUACUAUGACUUUAUCAUCACAUGGAAAGAAUACAGGGACUUACAGAAAGCAGAGGAAGACUCCAAGGAGAAAAGUGGAAGAUUGCUGAAUAUGAUCCAAGAAAGGGGGGAGGCAACUUCUUGCUGGUUCCUGGAACAAGUAGAAAGGAAACAUCCUGGCUCCAUUCAGAUUCUACUAGUUGCAGUCCAUGCAAUCUUAAUUCCAGUUUGGGAUUUAUCCAGUCCAGCCCUUCGCACGAGGAAUAUUGGACAUAAAUUAAGUAAGCUGGGAGACAAUAUACAGCCGAAGUCAAAAUCCCCCCUAUUUGCGGAGGAAGGAAGAAGCAGCAAGAUGAAAAACCCAGCACUUUGUGAGGAAAGUGUUGUGUGUAAUCUGUGUCCCUGUGAGGAUCUUCCAGAAACAUUCAGACCAGAGGUGUUUUUGGAUUCAGAAACGAGUCGUGAAAAAUACAGACUGUGCUUCACGAAGGCUGGAUCCUUCCUUUGCUUGUAUACUGAUGUCAUAUUUGAGGUCAGAGGAGCUGUGACCAUCACCUACCACUUUGAUUCAUGGUCUAAGCACCUGGCCAAACAGAACACACAGAAUUGGGUUGUCGCUGGGCCUUUGAUCAACAUUGAAGCAGAUCCAGCAGAGGCCGUGGCAGCUGUUCACUUCCCUCACUUCUUGUGUCUUGCAGGUGAAGAUGGUUCCCAAGCCUACAUUGCACAUUUUGUGGAAGGGGGGAUGAGUCUAGAGAAGCCAGACAGAGUGGGGCCGUAUCGUGUUGUGUUGGAAAAGCCAAACUUCUCUCCCCGUGGAGCCAUUUUUAAAACCUUACGGUCAUGGAUUAAGCCAAACAUCCACACUGUGGCACUGCUCUAUCAAAUGGUUCAAUUCCAGCCACCAACAUUCCACCUGUACCUCCUACCCAAUGACGCUUCUGUGAGAAAGGCGGUUCAUGAUCAUGAAGUACAGUGUCCUUCACAGAGAAUAGAGAAGCCCCCCGGGACCCUGAAACCUCUGACGAUUGGCUCUCGCUUCUUUGUGGAGACAAAUGAUGUCAGAGUCUGCCCCAAGGAAGUGGAGUUUCAAUGUCUGGAUGCUGACAAGCUGCAGCAGUACGUGGAACUGUCUGCUGAGCAAAUGCAAGACAUUUUUAACUUCAGCGUGAUGGAGAAGUGCAGAAAUGAACUCAUCUGGGAGGCCCAUGUGACACAAAAAGACUUAAAGUCCCCUGAGAUGACUUCUCUUCUACAAGCAGCACAAGAGACACAGCCUCCAGCCCCACCGGAGCAGCAUUUUGUUGAGCGGCACCGGGUGGCCCUGAUCCAGAGGACGGCCACCGUGGAGGGGAUCCUGGAUGUGCUGCAUGGCGAUGUCGUGGAUGAUGAGCAGUACCAAAAGAUCUCCGCCAAAAGCACCAACCAGGAAAAAAUGCGGGAGCUCUACAGGUUGCUGCCCAGCUGGAACCAAGCUUGCAAGGAUAAGCUGUACAAAGCCCUGAAGAUGAGAAACAGGUUCCUUGUUGAAGACCUGGAAGGAUAAAGAGGCAGCCAAGGCGCAACCCCAUCCUGGGGCACAGGAAUUCCAUCUCGGCAUGUCAGGGAACUACCUUGAAGCCAUGCAAUAUCUUCUCUCAGACCUCGUUUUGGUGCAAGCAAGAAAAACAAGGAAAUAUACUCUGGGGAAGAAAAUGCAGGCAGCCACAGUGGGAAGAACCUGGAGGAGGCCGUCACAUUUGACUCCAAGAAUCACGCAAAACGGUAUUAAUGCAAAACGGAUUAAUCCAUUCUAGAUUUUUAAAAACAACCCCUAAAACAGCAAUUUGAUUUUUAUUAUCCAAUGAGACCAUUGAUCCAUAAAAUGAAAGCAAUAAUCAAUGUAAUGUACUGUACUAUAAGAUAAAUAAGACAGUAUUGUAGAUGCUAAAAAUUAAAAUUACA